AUGGCCGCGAAGUUCAUUCCGCGCCAGGUGUUUCCCAACCAUGCGUCCAUUCCGAGGUCCUACUUCCUGGGCCAUCAUGUGGCGGGGUUGAAGAAGAUGCAGAAUAUGUUGUCUUCGAUUGACUAUGUGGUGGAGUGUCGGGAUUACCGCGUUCCUGCUACGUCUGUGAAUCCUCUGUUUGAGGAGGCGCUGGGGAAGACGCGACGGCUGGUCGUGUAUACUAAGCGGGAUUUGGGGUCGAAGCCGGGGCGAGGACGGCAAGAGAAAUGGCUGACAGCACAGGUCGAGAAAACAAUCCGCAAACUCGACGACAACGCCGCCGCCUUCUUUGUUAGCUCCUCGUCCCGCCCCGACGUCAGUCCUAUCCUUAAACACCUCCGGAACGAUGCCGAGGGCCCUGACCGCCUCGUCGGAUGCCGCGUGAUGGUAGUGGGAAUGCCCAACGUGGGCAAGUCGACGCUGAUCAACAACCUGCGCAACCAGGGCGUGGGGAAGGCGAAAGCCGUGCAGACGGGGGGACAGCCGGGCAUUACGCGCAAGAUCGGCACGCCCGUGAAGAUCAUCGAGCGGGAGGACGGGGCGCACGUCUACGUGCUGGAUACGCCGGGCGUGUUCAUGCCGUAUGUGCCGGACGCGGAGAACAUGCUGAAACUGGCUCUUUGCGGCUGCGUCAAGGACUCGGUGAUCUCGCCGGUCACUUUGGCUGAUUUCUUGCUAUACCACGUCAACCUUCAUAAUGCCGAGGUGUACGGGCGAUGGUCGCCACCGACCAACGAAAUCAUGCCGUUCCUGGACACCUUUGCGCGCCAGUCGGGCCUCCUUGCCAAGGGCGGCGUGCCCAACGUGGACCUGGCCGCGUUGCAUUUCAUCCAGAAAUGGCGCGCUGGUGAGUUGGGGAAGUUCGUCCUGGAUGACUUGGAGGUGGAACUGCAGCAUCAGCUGGCGGGUGGCAAGGAAGCCAGCGUGAGCAUGUCCCAAGCCUUGAAGGCAGAACGGGGCGCGAAGAAGCAGCCUUCUUCGAAACUGUAA